GCCCGGACAGUGUGGCAGGCAAAGUGUAGUUCAGAGCUCUCUGAGGGGGCCCUGACGGCUGACCAUGGGGCCUAAGCACUGAGGGCCCCCCAGACAAAACUAAAAUACAAAGAAGAGCGGAAAAUAACCAAAAAAAAGAAGAAAUAUUUAAAAGAGACAUAGAAAGAAGCACAAUGGUUGCGGAGGAAGUGAUAAUUACAUUGUCCGGUGGAGCGCCAUGGGGCUUUCGUCUCCAGGGAGGUGUGGAACAUCAGAAACCACUCCAGGUGGCUAAGGUACGUAAACGCAGCAAGGCAUGUAGGGCUGGACUGCGGGAGGCUGAUGAGUUGGUGUCCAUCAACGAACAGCCAUGUGAAACGCUAUCCCACGCCCAGGCGAUGAACCUCAUUGAUAGCUCCCCAGGGAUACUACACAUUCGAGUCAAAAGGGCGCCAGCUGGUUUUCAGUCCGUGGUGCUUGUGACCCGUGCCCCAUCUCCCCGUAUAGACAAAGAGUACCGUGCUGCCCUGCGUGCCAGCGUGUCACCUACCCACCCCCAACAUGCACCUGUCCGUGAAGUCCACCGUAGCCGUUCCUCCAUAACCAGUGGUUUGACAUCUCCACCUGGUAGUGAGGCUUACUAUGGCGAGACUGACAGUGAUGCGGAUGUGGCAGGCUACGAGAGGCAGCGGCGGCAGAAACGCCGCAGCCCGAGCAACUCCAUUCCGGGGAAACCAACAGGAAGAACCUCCCCUGAAGGUGGGGAGACGUCAGAAAUGAGUGGUUAUGACAGUGCUCCAGAUGCACACCUUUACCCAAGUCUGUUGGAUGGACGUGGUGAAGGUGGAGAUGGAGGUGUGGGGCUGCCAGGGGUGGCACGGCGGGAGGUGAUUUACCAGCCUCGUACUCCGGGAAUGUGGUCUUCUCAGACAUCCACAGAGACUUCUUCCAUCAUCUCUUCAGCAGAUGACCAGGGUCCACGGGAUGGAGUACAGGAGGUAGACAGUGGUUUACUAGAGCCAGCCAACGUGCCACUGGUAUCUCCUGAAAGGGCCAAGGAAGCACUGAUGCUGGGCUCGCGCAGUCAGCUUGUGCCCAUGGUGGGUCCUGUGAAUAAACCCAUUGAUGACGAACUUACAACAACCUACAUGGAAAAGGCCAAGCAAGCCAAACUGAACAGAGGAGAUACACAGCAAGACAAGCAAGUAAAGGAAGCCAGAAGCAAGUGUCGAACAAUUGCAUCCCUACUGACAGAUGCUCCCAACCCUCACUCCAAGGGGGUGCUGAUGUUCAAGAAGAGGCGGCAGCGGUCAAAGAAGUACACCCUCACCAGCUUUGGCAGUGUGGAUGAGGAUAGGUGUCCAGACUCACAAGAAGAAGAGGAUGGGGUGUUCCCUGGUAGUGAGUCAGAGUUUGAUGAAGAUGGGUUUUCAUCAGUUCCUGACCCAACUUGGGAUAGUGACUACUUGGAUAUGCUGGAGAAGAGGGCUACUGCAGGCACUGAAGGUCGUGGGGAUGGGGCAGAGGACGCUCCGAGUCCAGGGUUGAGUGAGACUGCAGGCAAGGGUGUCCAAUUGUUUGAGCAGCAGAGAAAGAGGGCUGCUGAGCAUGCCAAGAAGGUGGAGGCAAUACAACCCCAGGCUCCUCCACAGUUUCAAGCACAGGAGCAGGCUCAGUUACAUCCAGAGAUACAACCACAGAUCCAACAAGGUCUUAAGCCUCAGCAGAUGCUACCACCUGGUUCUUCAGUCAUACAGCAAGAUCUAUCCCAAGUUCCCAAUCAAGUUGCUGUUGCAGCUCAUGGUAUUAGUAAUGGGGAGCUACCCCAUUCUGAAAUUAGCACAACAAGCAUAGUGAUGUCACCUCCACCUGUGGCGCCAAAACCAGCCACUGCCUCUGUGACUAUUCUGACUAGCCAUACAUCACCAGCGGAGACACCAUUACCAGACCUACCUUCCAGUAAUGUUCUCAAUAGAACUGCACGUCCUUUCACACCUGGCUUCAUCAGCAUCCGAGCUGCGACUGUCCCUGUAACAUUCAGACCACCUGUUACAAAGACAAGCCAGCGACCUGCCUCAGCAGCUGUUGUGCCAGCACCAUUUUUCACUGCAUCUGAGCAAGCCAAUAAUGCUUCAUCAGUAAUGACACAGCUACCCCCUGGUCCUCCGUCAGUGCUCUCCUCAUCAUCCUCUAUACCUCAAGGUCCCUUGGCCCUGACACCAGAAGCUUUGGUUACCUAUCACCCUCCGGCCAUCUUUACCUCUGUAGAGACAAUGCAGGCAGCACAACCAAUAACUACUGCUAAUCAGGUUUCAUUUGCAACUGUGCCCCCAGCAUCAAUGCCUUCAAUUCACCCAGCUCCACAAGAACCAAUGGCUCCAGCCCCUCUCCCUUCUGUAUCCCAAAUUCCCAGUUCAGCUCACCCAGUUGCAUCAAGGCCUCCAGUUCAAAUACCAGUUUCUCAGCCACCUCCACCUCAGUUUUCCAUGUCACCUGUAGCUCCAGUGUCAGUAGUCUCCCAGCCAGAAGCUAUAACUCCAGUUGCAUCAAGGCCUCCAGUUCAAGCGCCAGUUGUUCAGCCACUUCCACCUCAAUUUUCCAUGUCACCUGUAGCUCCAGUGUCAGUAGUCUCCCAGCCAGAAGCUAUAACUCCAGUUGCAUCAAGGCCUCCAGUUCAAGCGCCAGUUGUUCAGCCACUUCCACCUCAAUUUUCCAUGUCACCUGUAGCUCCAGUGUCAGUAGUCUCCCAGCCAGAAGCUGUAGCUCCAACCCCUGAUCCUGGUUCAGCAUUUCGUACAGGAAUCUUAUUAGAGGCUCGACGCCGUGGUGGUAAACCCAAACCUAUGUUCAAUGUGCCAGAUGUCAAGAAGAACUCCCCCAAUCCUGAUCUGUUGAACAUGGUGCAGAAACUUGAUGACAGGUACACCCGCUACAAGGGCCCACCACAAUCUGCUGAGGCUACUUAUGAUGGUGCAGUGGAAGAGAGCAGUGGUGAGGCUAGUAUUGGGAGAAUGCCUCCUCCAGUGGCACCCAAGCCUCGGGUUAUCCACGAGGCCCCACAGAUGCUUCAAGCAGGAGGUAAGGGGGCCCAGCUGUUUGCCCGCAGACAGAGCCGCAUGGGUAUGUAUGUAGUCGACACACCACCUGAGACCCCUUACCAGCAGGAAAUGGCCUCAGACAGUGCAGCCCAACCCUUUGACUCUUCCCCCAGCUCUUUUCCUUCUCAGUGGAAAUACUCCCCAAAUGUCCGAGCCCCUCCACCCAUUGGGUACAACCCACUCCUGGGACCCUCUAUUCCUAUGGGGCCUCAGAGGGAUACAGGAAAGCCAGACAGCAGGGGUAGAGGGGGCUCCCAAAGAGAAGGCAUCAAAGCUCUGGAUUUCAUGAGAAGGCAACCUUACCAGCUCAACUCUGCCAUGUUCAACUAUGGAGGCAGUGCUGCUAAUCUAUCAGUCAUGCCUUCUUACCAGGCUCAGAGACAGCAGCAAGGUGACUACACAACAAUGGUGGGCAGCUCAUUAACGUCGCCUAGACAGAUCCCCUUGAGAACAGCCCGUGUCUACGAGAUCAAGCGAUUCUCCACACCCACUCCCAUGUCAGCUCCCACUCUGGCUCCCAAAGUCAUUGCACCCCGCUCAGCCACUACCCUUGGAGAACGUCUGUCUCAUUCUUACAUGACCUCCCCACCACCUGCUCCUUUCACUCAAACCCUGGCCCCUCCCCUGACACCAGCACUAGUCAGUGCUCCAACUCCAGCGUCACCUCCCUUCCAACCAGCUGGACUGCCUUGCCUCCCAAAAUUCUCUGCCAACCCUAUUCCAAACCCUGUCACAGCUGCAGUCCCUACACCUUACACUCCAGUCGCAUACACCACUGGGCUCCAGGCAGCCAAGCAGUUCCAAAGUGCACCUGAGCUCAGUAUUCUUGCCUCUUUGCCCCCACUCAAACCCAAUCCAGUCCAGGCACCGAAACCAAAUUUUAUAGCCACCCGGGGAGGCGUCCAGGCCCGUGUCUGGAGGCCAGGGGCAAUAUAAGAAGCAGCAAAUCAGCCACUUCCACACUUGGACAUAUUCAUGUACUAUUCAUUUAGUGCUGUAGUUGUUUAAGUCAAGCACAAAAGCCAAAUAUCCAUUGGUUCCAGUUUCUAAAAUGUCACAAUUGUCUGCUUUUUGUUAUGUUUUUGUUGGGAUUUGCAUGGUUGGUCAGACAAAGGAAGCAUUUUGAAGAUAUCACCUUAAGCCUUGGAAAAUUAUAAUGGGCAAUCCCAGUAUUACCUGAUAUUUUACAGACAAUUAAUCAAUCAUGUGAUAAUGGUAAUAGAUUAUAACAUCUACUUGCUGCUCAAAAUGCUGCUUAUCAUAUUUAUUUUGCUACCAACACAUCUACUCACACCUGUAUCUGAGUGACAAUAAUAAUAGGGAAUAGUAGCACAUAUUGUAUGCUGUAUAGUCCACCAUAUGCCUGUCCUGGGGGAGGUUUGUGUAAGGCUUCUGGAGAUCUCUUUCUUCUAAUUUAGCAGAAAUACCAUCUAAACAGAGCCUGUACUGAAUUAUUCUUUGAAACUUGAAAUGUCUGACAGAUGUUUAAAAUGAACAAGUUAUGGUUCUGACAAAUAGAAUUACAUCUCUGAAGGUUUGUGUUGUAGUAUGGUGACAGGCGGAGGAUCAUAAGGCAAACAAGAGGGCUUUUAUUUUUGAACAUGU